CGGUUUGGGGGUUUCAGGUUGUUCACAUUCAAACAACAAGGAAUAAAAAGAAAGUAACUCGCAGCAGAAAUGGACACCGCAAACCAGCUUGCAUCCGGAGGGACGUUUCAGGUGCUUAAAUUACCACUGGGAUUUAUCCGUGUUUUGGAAUGGCUCUUUGCCAUAUUUGCCUUUGCAACCUGUGGUGGAUACACCGGGCAGCUGCGGGUCAGUGUGGACUGCAUGGAGAAGGCCAGCAGCAAUCUCAGCAUCGGCAUUGACUUCGGUUAUCCCUUCAGGUUGCAUCAGGUGUCAUUUGAAGCCCCCGCAUGUGAAGCAACACGGAGGGAGCGAGUCUUCCUCAUUGGAGACUAUUCGUCCUCUGCAGAGUUCUUUGUCACCAUUGCGGUCUUUGCCUUCCUGUAUUCUCUCGUGGCCACCGUUGUCUAUGUUUUCUUUCUCAACAAGUAUCGUGAAAUCAGCCGGGCGCCACUGAUAGACUUUACAGUGACAGUAGUGUUCUCCUUUAUGUGGCUGGUCAGCUCCUCUGCAUGGGCCAAAGCCUUAUCUGACGUCAAACUGGCCACUGAUCCAGAUGAGGUGCAGCUCCUCAUCCCCGCCUGCAAAAUCCAGACCAACAAGUGCGGCUCUGUGCACGGAGCGCGGUGGUCCGGGGUCAACACUUCAGUGGCAUUUGGGUUUCUCAACUUCGUGCUGUGGGCCGGAAACAUCUGGUUUGUCUUCAAGGAGACAGGCUGGCACAAAGGUGCCUCCCGAUUGGCAGGCGGAGCGUCCGAGAAGCAGGCCGGCACCUUUAACCAGCAGCCCUACAACCAGGGGAGCUUCGAGCAGUCGGGGAGCUACAGCAGCCAGGGCCAGCCGUCCGAGUACAGCGAGGUGGGAGGGCCCACCUCCUACUCCAAUCAGAUGUAGCCGUGCCUUUUUAUCCAGUGAACGGCACCUCUGCGUCUUCAACCAGGGCAAUCAGGAGACGGUGACAGAGGAGAAGUGAAGAGUUUGUCAUCAAUUUGUCUGUACAAAAAACAAAAUGGGUGAUCGUUAAAAAA